GCGUCGGAGUUCUGCGGUGGUCACCGUCGACACACAGCGAGUGGGAGAAAGAGAAAGAGAGAGAGAGAGAGAGAGAGAGAGGCAAAGGGAGAAUAAUGGGUGGAAUUGUCAAGGAGGUGAAGUCGAAGGAGGAGCUUGGCAAGAUUAUCGCCGACGGGUCUCCGGCGGUUGUGCACUUCUGGGCCGCGUGGUGUGAGGCUUCCAAGCACAUGGACCAAGUCUUCUCCCACCUCUCCACUGAUAUCCCUCAUACUCACUUCCUCAGGGUUGAAGCUGAAGAACAACCCGAAAUUUCAGAGGCAUAUUCAGUGUCUGCAGUUCCUUAUUUUGUUUUCAUCAAGGAUGGCAAAACCAUAGAUACAUUGGAAGGUGCCAAUCCUUCUGCUUUGGCCAACAAGGUUUCCAAACUUUCUGGGAGAAUAACACCAGGAGAACCUGCUGCCCCUGCUAGCCUCGGAAUGGCUGCCGGGGCAACCAUCAUUGAGACUGUACAAAAUCUUGCCAAGAACAAUACCAGUUAUUCACAUGUUGAAGCCCAACCACCCUCUGCUCUUGGUGAUGAUGGACUAAAAACACGAUUGACACAGUUAAUUAAUUCCCACCCAGUCAUGCUCUUCAUGAAAGGAAGUCCCGAACAGCCUCAAUGUGGCUUUAGCAAGAAAGUUGUUGAGAUUCUGAAGAAAGAGAAGGUUGCUUUUGGAACCUUUGAUAUUCUAACGGACAAGGAAGUUCGAGAGGGGCUGAAGACAUUCUCUGAUUGGCCAACAUUUCCUCAGCUCUAUUACAAGGGUGAGCUUCUUGGUGGGUGUGACAUUGCAACUGCGAUGCAUGAAAGCGGCGAACUGAAGGAUGCGUUUAAGGAUCUUGGAGCUGUUGAAAUCUCCAACUCUCCUAAGGAACAACCAUCAUCUGGAUCGGGCCUGAGUGCUGCACUAACAACCCGUCUGCAAAGCCUGAUCAAUUCAGGCCCAGUUAUGCUCUUUAUGAAGGGGAGCCCGAAUGAGCCAAAAUGCGGGUUCAGCCGCAAAGUAGUGGACAUACUUAACCAGGAAAAAGUCGGUUUUAAGAGUUUCGACAUCCUCACCGACGAAGAAGUUCGUCAGGGACUGAAAGUGUACUCCAACUGGUCAAGCUACCCUCAACUCUACAUCAAGGGCGAACUCAUUGGUGGGUCCGACAUUGUGCUAGAGAUGCAAAAGAGUGGGGAGCUUGCCAAGGUUUUGGUCGAGAAGGGCAUUCUUGGAAAAGAAGAACGGUUGAAGGAUUUGGUGCGUUCCUCGCCCGUGAUGCUUUUCAUGAAAGGUUCCCCGGACGCGCCGAAGUGCGGUUUCAGCUCCAAGGUGGUGAACGCUCUGAACGAGGAGGGGAUCGAGUUCGGGUCGUUUGACAUAUUGAGCGAUGGGGAAGUGAGGGAGGGAUUGAAGACAUUCUCAAACUGGCCGACGUAUCCGCAGCUGUACUACAAGGGGGAGCUGAUUGGAGGCUGUGACAUAGUACUGGAGUUGAAGAACAGUGGUGAGCUCAAGUCUGCCUUGUCAGGUUAAUGAGAAUAAUACAUAGAAAGAUGUAUGUUUUGUUCGCCAUUUUUUGUUGUUGUUAUGUUUUUGGUGCAAGUACUGUGUAAGUUUAUGACUUGUCGGUAUGCUGUUACUAAUAACUUGACUUUUUAAAAUAUUUAAUUUCUUUGAGAUUUUUAGGAAAAAUGAAAGAACAAACACAAGAAGAAUAUAUGAGAGAAAAAAUUAUAUUUCCACUAUUUCAGGACAAUAUACAAAAAAACUCUCCCCUGUUUACAAGACUAAAUUUCAGACACUCAUAAACAGAUCUUUCACAUCCUAUGCCCGGAUGUAUUUUCCCGAGUAACUAAAACCAUUUACUCCCUACACUCACCCACACUCACCAAGACCCCUUGGAUUUUCCCGGUGGUAUUCUUGUGUAGAAUUUCUCCCAUGCUUCUCUCUCUACAUUAGUGGUGUGUAAAACCCACACACACAAAUACACCGUAGCCUCUCCAUUUUAAAGGGCAAGGAGAACACAAUUAUUUGCCCCAAUCAAUUUGCUACAGGAGAGAACAUAAUCACAUGCAUACUUCCACCUUUUUAACUCCACUC